UCUCAGGCGUUUGGGAUUCUUCCUAAGACGUUUUUGUUGUUUCAAAUCACAAACCUCUGCUCUGCCGAAACUGCCCGACCGUAAAAAGUGCAUUUAACCAAACCCAAUAAGCGACCAAUUGACGAGAUCCCCUGUGACCAUGGCCAAGAUACGAUCGCUGGUGCCGGAGCUGGCCGAGGUGGCUCGGUCGCAGCUCUGCGAGGAUCCGUCCUUAAUGGUGGCGAAGAUCGAGGCCCUGAGGACCUGGAUCGUCGAACAGAACUACCUGGAGGCGCGGACCGACGAUCAGUUCUUGGUGGCCUUCCUGCGCUUCUGCCACUGGGACGUGGAGGAGGCCAAGAAGAGAGUACUCUUCUACUACACCUACAAAUCCAAGGAGAGAGAACUGCUCAAGGGUCGCCUGGUAGACGAUAAGCUGCUAGAACUGGCUCGUUCAGGAAUCUUCGCCACAUUGCCCAAACCUAUUGGCCCUGGUGGCCCCCGUAUCCAUUACACACGAAUGGGCCACAUUGAACCUUCCAAGCACAGCGUCAGCGACAUUUUCCGCUUCCACGCUUUUCGCGCAGAGAUCGAGAUCAACACGGAUGACAACUGGAACGUAUCCGGCGUUGUGGAGAUCAUCGAUUUCACCAAGAUCCCCUACUCCCUGCUACUGCAGUUCGAUCCUGGCAUGUUCAAGCGGAUGAAUGCAUUCCUAGAGCAUGGUAUUCCAGCGAAUUUGGUGGCCACCCACAUUGUUAAUGCCUCCAGGGAGACGCAGUUUGUCCUGGGCCUAGUUCGGAAUGUCAUGAAGCAAAAGGAGCUGUUACACAUCCACUCUAACGUGGAGUCUCUGCAAAAGGCCAUUGGCAAGGAGUAUUUGCCCGUAGAGAUGGGCGGCGAGAAUGGCUCUUUGGCGGAUGCGAUGACGCGGUACGAGACACAGUUGACCAGCUUUUCCACAUACUUUAAAGAAGACGAGCGAUAUGGAGUGGAUGAGAAAUUGCGGGCGGCCAGUGAGAAUAAUCAGGAUAGGGCCGCACCGUUAGCGGCCAGCGUUCCUAACGACGGAACUUUCCGGAAGCUAAACUUCGAUUGAGGCAAUGAUCGGGCAGUUAGUUUUAUAUUCUGAUGCACAUCCUAUAAAUACGCCCUUCUAACACACAGCCCUAUAUAUACACACUGAAAUGUAUAGACACUACAGCGAUCUUUGGUCAUAGCAGAACCUGAUAUUUUAUAAAUGAAACCAUAAAGGAGGAACAUCGAAACUCAAAGCAAA